AUGCGUCUCUCAAUUUACUCCGUCUUCGCGAUCCUCAGCACAGCGGUCUUCGCUCACCCCGCUACUGAGGCAGCACCUCUCCAGGCUCGAACUAAUGGCUGGGCUAUCAAGAACUUCACCCGAACCAGCUCCUCCCCCUCAUCUCCAGUAACCUACACCCUCAUCCUCGACACCUACGGCGCUCUAACCAACUGCACCCUCACCGACAGCACCAACCCCGCCUGGUACCACGCUUGGUACGAUCUCCCCUGUAACAAAGACACUGGUGCUCCGUACCAUUUGUCCUGGGGCUGGGACUACCCUGGUGACUUCACGGUGUUGACAGUUGAGUCGUUCCCGCCGAGUGGGCCGAGACAGAAGGUGUACUUUGGGUAUGAUCAUCCGAAUGCGAAGCUGCCGGGUACGGUGUACUAUCCUGAUCAGGGGUAUAAUGCGCCGCAGUAG